CAUCAGGUGAAAGCUCUCUCAAUCAGCGCUAUGGUUUUCAAGGCUUUUAUCACUGUCUUAGCCGCUGUGUAUGUGAUACAAAUGGUAUGCAAGGCCCAUGGAAAUUCUGAAGAAGAUAUGAUGGAGACAACAACAGAAUUUGAAUAUGAGGCUGGCGCAUGCCCGUUUCAAGUACUUAAAAUCUCGAACAACAAGUCGUUGAUAAUCAACUGCACCAAUGAAUGUGGUUACGGACUGAGCGAUGGAGAGCCGUGUGUGAAUGCAACAAACCCGCCAUUAAAUUUUACUGUACGUGGAGACUACAACUGCACUGUUGGAUCCUGUAGAAAUGGAACAUGCCCUUCAAACGGUACAGUGGAGUUUUGUUGGGCUAAUAAAACUAACAGCGAGAAACGUCCAUCAGCAAGGUCAUACUCGGUACAAUUAUACUAAAUCGGGUUCCUCUAAAACUUCCCGCUGAUCGAGCAGCGUUUAUGCAUGGUAAAUAUUGAGCCUUCCUGGAAAUAAAUGAUUAUGU